AUGGCCGACCCCGCGGAACAAGCUCCCCUCGAUAAGGAGCGCCAUCUCCGCUACUGGCAGCGCUGCUACCGCAGCUUCCUCCCGACCCAGUACACGAGCCACGACAGCAUCCGCAUGGCCCUCGGCUUCUUCAUCGUCGCCGCCUUUGAUAUCCUCUCGCCGGCCACAUCCUCGGGUGAACCGCACGCCCUCACGCCGUCCGACCGCGCCAAGAUCCGCAAGUGGGUGCUGAGCCAGCAGCACGUCGGCGGCGGGUUCAGCGGCGCGCCGAGCCACACGUUGCCCGUGGAGCUCUGCCAGGACUACGACCUCGAGACGAACAAGCCUGCGUUUAAGCACCCGGACGUGUCGACCAUUGCUGCCACCUACUUUGCGCUGCUGCUGCUCGCGCUCGUCGAGGACGGUACACGGGAAGGAGGCAGAGGAGCGUUCGCAGGGGUGGACCGUGUCGGGAUCUUGCGCUGGCUGCGGCGGCUGCAACGAGAGGAUGGAAGUUUCGGGGACGUGCUCAUGGAGGAUGGUGCCAUUUCGGGCGGUCGAGACAUGCGGCUCUGUUACCUGGCCGCCACGAUCCGAUGGUGCCUGCGAGGCGAUGUCAAGGAGGGUGAGCCCGGCUGGGUGGAGGACAUCAACGUCGACGCCUUGAUAGGGCAUAUUCGGCAAGGCCAGACGUAUGAUGGCGGGGUUGCGGAGAGCUCGCAGCAUGAAGCGCAUGCUGGAUAUGCCUACUGUGCUGUUGGCGCACUAUACAUGCUCGACAGCUCUGGAAAGUACAGGCGAUUCGUUCGACACCGACGUUGCGCAAGGGCGUCAUUGACCGGGAGGGCCUGA